AUGUUCUCGCUACCAAGACUGGAUGAAGUAGGGCCACAAGACAAAACGGACAACGAAACCGACGAUGGGCAAAAGGGCGCCUGCUUAGGAAAAGCGCGUUAUGGGGUCCAUUUCGAAACGAUGCUAUUGGCCUGCCAGAUUAUCGCAGGAAACUCGUUCGAGACUGCAUAUUUAAGCUACGAUCGCAAAGGCAGCAACAGAGUACAACUGGCUCCCUGUGGUAUCUUGAUGCAUGACCACUACUUUCUCCACGUCCCCCAAGUAGACGACACUGACACGACAUCGUAUGCUGUCACACCCAACUUCCAGGAGUGGCGAUUUCCUGAUGCUCUCCCACAAUCUUGGGGUUCUGUUGCGAUGACUCCCCGCGAUACCAAGCCCAGCUGUAUCAUCUCGGGCCGCGCAAAGUCGGUGUCAAACAGUGACGACAAUGUAUGCCGACUUCGUGUUGACCUUCACAGGAUCUUCGAUGAUCGCGCGUUUGCUUUUGUUCCCAAACUGGAUGAGGAAGGGCAUCGACAUACUGUCGUACACUUCCUCUCGACUACGAACGAUUCUGGCGACGCCGCUCUCAAAUAUCACAAUCGCAAGGCACACAGCCUUGAUUCCGUGGCACCGCAAUUCCUGUUUGCACGAUUUGCUCUCACAGUGUUCGCCUGUAUCAAAGACUUUAUUCUAAGAGGAGAACGCCGCCGGAUCGCGGUAGUGCAUCGUGGCAUCGACUCCAACGGCAGUCCUGCUUGGAUUACUCAAGAAGUUCAGAUGGAUCGUGCACAGCGACACAGCCGAUACGGCGGCGGAGGAUCGCGGGCCUCGAGUCCUAGUAAGAGAUCCAGGCCACAAUCAGAAUCCCAGCAAGGAGAUGGUCAAGAAAGCGUACAAGAAUUCGGGUACGCAUCGGAGGAUCCCGAGAAUAAUGAUGAUGACGGACGUCAUACGUCUCGAACUAGGGCUUGGGUUGAGGCUGAUGGAGCGGACUACGAUAUGGCUACACCAUCAAAGCGACGGCGUAUUAGUGGGGUUGAGUCUCCUCCAUCCUUGACAAGCUCUGCCAGUUCCCAAGUAACCAUCAAUGAACAAAAAGUCGCUGAUGAAGCGGCCAGUUCUGGUCCCAACGGUACCAGUAUUAGCUUGAAGGGGAGCGAAAAUAAUCGCGGCCACUCUCUUCUGGAAGCGGUCGAGAUGGUCAAUGAUGGCCAUCCUCCAAUUUUCCAUUAG